GGCACAAGCAAAGACAGAACAAAUCAUCAAAAUGAGGACAUACGAAAUGGCAUCAAGAUCAUCGCACCUUACAAGUGCAUCGCACGCGCAUCAUCGCUUCCUGCCCAUCACACCAUGUCGAACACUGCAACCGUGGAUUACGAUGCCAUUGUCAUUGGCGCGGGCUUCGGCGGCAUCCGCUCCCUUUGGGAGUUGAAGCAACUCGGCCUGACCACAAAAUGUUUCGAGGCUGCCUCCGACGUGGGUGGUGCGUGGUACUGGAACCGCUAUCCCGGUGCGCGAACCGACAGCGAAGCCUGGGUCUAUCUCAUGAACUUCGCGCCAGAGCUGAGGGAAGAAUGGGAAUACACCGAACGUUACCCAUGUCAAGACGAGGUCCAGCGCUAUCUAGGCCGUGUCGUUGACCGCUUCGAUCUGCGCAAGAAUAUUCAAUUUGAUACUCGGGUCAAAGCCGCGCACUACUGCGAUGGGGGAAACUUCUGGACUGUUACUGCCAUGGACGGUACAUCCACGACCUGUCGCUACUUUCUAGCUGCAACUGGGCCUUUAUCGAUUGCUAAAGAUCCUCCCUUUUCCGGGCUUGAAUCAUACAAGGGCGAGUGGUACCAGGCAGCCAACUGGCCCAUGCAAAGCGUAGACUUCCAUGAAAAGCGAGUCGCUGUCAUUGGUACCGGCGCUACAGGAGUCCAGAUCGUGCCGAAGCUGGCUGCUGCUGUGAAAGAGUUGACCGUGUUUCAGCGCACUCCAAACUAUGUGCUUCCGGGUCGCAAUUACGUUUUCGAUCAGUAUCAGGCAAGGAGUAUCAAGCAGAACCGUGAUGCUACUUGGGAACAUGCGAAAUCGCACCCGUUUGGUCUGGCGAUGACAGCAUCAGGAAAAUCUGUCAAAGGUGUGGCAGAUCCCGGCGACAUACGAAAAGCCCUGGACUACGGGUGGGAGACCGGCGGGUUCCAUUUUCAGUUUGAGACUUUUGACGAUCUAUUGACAAACCAGGAGUCCAACGACAUUGCUUCAGACUAUCUUCGUGAGAAGAUCCGUGCCAUCGUACAGGACCCAGAUACUGCAGACAAGCUUUGUCCCAAACACCCCUUCAUGUCGAAGCGACCGCCAUGUGGUCACUUCUACUAUGAAUCUUACAAUCGGCCUAAUGUCAAACUAGUUGACAUCCGCCACGAUGAUAUAACCCUUUACGAGAAGGGUCUACGCACAACUUCUGGAGCUGAAUAUGAGUUUGACAUCAUCAUUUUUGCCCUAGGCUUUGACGCUGCUACUGGUGCGCUGAGUGAAAUAGACAUCAAAGGUAGUCAAGACAAGUCACUCAAGGAUUACUGGAGCCAAAAGGUCGAAACCUUUGCUGGAGUGCUCGUCCCUGGCUUUCCCAACAUGUUCUCGGUCUGUGGGCCUCACGUACCAUUCGGGAACAUGCCAGUGGUCCUGGAUAUUCAAGUGAAUUGGAUCGGGAAGACCAUACGCCACAUGGAGAAAAACAAAUUCGCCAGAAUCGACGUUUCUCAGAAAGCAGUGUCUGCGUGGUCUGCUCACCUUCAUCAAGCAUUUGAGGACACACUGUUUGCAGAAUCUGCAAAGAAGGCUGGCGCCUGGUUUGUCGGGGCGAACAUACCUGGGAAGGCCAAUGAUGUCUUGUUUUAUUUCGGCGGUGUUCCUACUUGGAAUUCUUGGCUGGACAAUGAGACCGAGUCGUCGUGGGCGAAUAUGAGCUUUUCUUCUGGUAUUGCAAAGGAAGCGAAGAGUGGUAUUUCAGAGCAGCCUGGGAUCCAGAAAGAUUCUAGCAUCCAUGUUACUUGA